GUAAUGAUCGUGAUCUCGGAAAUGACCGAUUCUGGUCGAACACCUGUGUACAAGAAAACAUUGCUGUUUGCUGAAUUUUCAACAGGUCAUCAGAUCUACAUAAUUAAUCAAGGCUGUAGACCAUGGUGUGGUGUGCUUUCAAACAGAGAUUUCUGUGGCGUCCGCUCCGUAGAAUUAUCAUCUCAGCUCGAAGACAUUACUGUGGCACUGAUAAAACACCUCAUGUGGCCAUUGUGGGAAGUGGACCAGCCGGCUUCUACACUGCACAGCAGUUGUUAAAGGGUCACCCAUCUCUUCGAGUUGAUAUCUAUGAGAAGUUGCCAGUGCCAUUUGGACUUGUCCGAUAUGGAGUUGCACCUGAUCAUCCAGAGGUCAAGAUUGUGACCAACACAUUUACAGAGACCGCCAGGAACAAGAGGUGCAGCUUUAUAGGAAAUAUCACAGUUGGCAAGGACAUCACAAUAGGUGAACUGCAGCGUGCGUAUACUGCAGUUGUUCUAGCAUAUGGAGCUGAUGAAGACCGAAAACUGGGGAUCCCAGGAGAGGAUUUGCCAAAUGUGUUAUCAGCAAGACAGUUUGUUGGUUGGUACAAUGGUCUGCCACAGGACAGAGAUUUAUCUGUUGACUUGUCUCGUGAAAAUGCUGUAAUCAUUGGUCAUGGCAACGUCGCGAUUGAUGUUUGUCGUAUCCUGAUGACACCAAUCGACACUCUCCGGAAAACGGACAUAUCCCAGUAUUCCCUUGACCAGCUUGCGGCGAGUAACGUGAAGAAAGUGUAUAUGGUAGGAAGACGUGGACCGCUUCAGAUUGCCCUGACCAUUAAAGAAUUGAGAGAGAUGAUUCGUCUUCCCGAGUGUCGUACAAUUAUUCACAAAGAGGAUGUCCUAGAUCUUGACAAGGUUAUAAGUGAUCUGCCUCGCCCACGCCGUCGACUGACCGAACUUCUCCAUAAGACGGGCGUGUCUCCCAGCGAGAAGGACUCCAAACACUGGGCGACGGCCAGUCGAGAGUGGGAGCUCCGAUUCUGUUUGAGUCCAGUGGAAAUUAGAGCUGGGAAUGCUGGAAAGAGUGUCGAGGGAGUCAGGUUCUGUGUGAACAGACUUGAGGGUGAAGAUAUAGUCAAUAAAAAGGCUGUUCCUACUGACAAAACUGUGGAUAUUGAAUGUGGUUUGGUACUUAGAAGUAUUGGCUUCAGAAGUAUUCCUAUUGAUAGCUCAGUUCCGUUUGACUCUCAGAGAGGAAUCAUCCCAAAUCAAAAUGGUCGUAUUUUAGGAACUACAGGUUUGUACUGCAGUGGAUGGGUUGGCCUUGGUCCGGUUGGGGUGAUACUGACCACCAUGACUGAUGGUUUUGAAAAAGGCAAACUCGUUCUGAAGGACAUUGAGGAAGGCAGACUCGACAAUUCAGGGAAGAAUGGCCGGGACCAAGCUCUAGACAUUCUUAAGCAGAGAGGUGUACAGGUUGUGAGUUUCUCUGACUGGGAGUGUAUAGAUGAAGCAGAAUGUAAGAAUGGACAACAGCACGGGAAACCUCGGGAGAAGAUGGCUGAUACGGCAGACAUGCUGAAAGCUGUAUGUUCAUCAACAACCAGCUAGAAAGUUUUAAGUGUUGGAAUCAGACAUGGGGCGAUUACAUGACAAAAGUAAUCGAUUACGAUUACUUAAGAAUGUCAUGAUUACGAUUACAAGGAAAAUGAAAGUAAUCGAUUAUGAUUGCGAUUACACUGCCCAGUAAUCAUGAUUACAAUCAUGAUUACAUUUUCACAAAUAUGAACUAUUUUUGAGGUGAUGUUACCAACAUGAAAUUGUACUAUAGUAGUGUCGUUAAACAAAACAAACUUUACUUAUUACAUGGAUAUUUAAAACAUAUUAUUAUAUUUAACGACAAAACAUAAUUACAUGUGUGUUAAUCCCCAAGCUGCUAAAAGAAACCAAAGCAUGCCCCUUUAAUCGCCGAACUGCUCUAGUUCAGUGUCACAUAAAAAAACAUACAGUUAUCAAAGGUCAGAGUUGUCAACUAUGAUCAUUUGACAAUAAAUCAAAAGUAUUGCAUGCGAUCGGUUGUACUGUGGCAGACUCUUUGCUUUUGUUAGUCUUAAUGACUGCAGACGGACAGCGCACAACCUUAAUCUCUUGUCUGUAAGCUUGACUGGGCAGCCAAAUCCACACACAGCAAUAAUUUAUUUAACAUAUAUAACCCCUCCCUCCAAAGCAUCACUACAAUCGUUACAAUUUUAGGUAACCAUUGGUAUAAAGUAAUAUAACCCACAAAUUAAAAAAGAAAGAUUAAAAGAAUAGGAUUUUGUUUUUAGUGUUCUACCGGUUAACUGAUUCACUUGACAGGUAAAAAGACAUAAAAAACCCCACACACACAGGACGAAAAGUCAUAGGAAAAAAAAUGUCACAGCUUUUAAUAAAAAAAAUAUAUUAGGCAAUGUGUAACUGACUCCUAGUUUUUUCCGAUAUUAGUUUGGUCAUUGUUUUAUUUGAAUAAAAAACAUAGCAAACACCAAACACAUUAUAGAUGAACACAUAGAUACGUUUUAAAAAAUAUUUACUUAUAAUAAUGGUUUGAAAAAGAAAGAAAGAAAGAAAGAAAUGUUUUAUUUAACGACGCACUCAACACAUUUUAUUUACGGUUAUAUGGCAUCAGA